AUGUCCGAACACGAGACUCAGGUUCCUACACCGGCAUUCAGCCAGCCACCCCACGAACACAAGGAAUCCCUGAUUGAUAUGCUACACCUCAAUAAUGUGACAUCACAUAUCGUAAAUGCAGUUGGACAUAUCACUGAUGCGGAAAGUGACCCGGAUGCAAUUGACCAUGACGAUCAUGUAUUAGUAUUCGAUAACCCCUUCAAGGGAGCUAUGGAUGGAGAAGAUGAUGAAGACCUCUGA